AUGGUGGCUACGCAAACGCACCGUCAUAGCCUUCCUGAAUAUCUCCAUGUCUGCUGCUGUCACGUCAGAACAAAAACACUUUUGACAAAGACAUCACAGAAGAAGAAUCUUUAUAGACGAUUCAUUGCAGACACGGACAAAAAACAACAACAGAAAUCAGCUGCACCAUUCACCGCGAAGAAGCCUCUCGCUUUCUGUCAAUACAAGGGAAGUGUUUGCUGUAAUUCCCAAGAGGACUUGAACUUGCAGAGACAGUUUAAAGCAGCCAAUGUCUCUGGUAGUUGUUCUCUGCUUCUCAAAUCCUUGCUUUGCUCGAAAUGUGAUCCUUUUGCGGCAGAGCUUUAUCGGAUUGAAUCAGGACCUAGACAAGUUCCUGUGCUCUGUAAUUCCACGGUUUCUUCUAAAUCGACACAAUCUCUGGCCAAUAUUGAUUUUUGUUCCAAAUUCUGGGAUGAAUGCAGAAAUCUAUCUCUGUCGAACACUCCUUUUGCUUUCCAAGCCAAUUCUACUUCCACGAUUUCUGAUACAUGGAACUCUAGUGAUGCAUUCUGUAAAGCAUUUGGUGGAGCUUCAGAUGAAUCAGCGGUAUGUUUCGAAGGGGAGGCAGUUUCGUUUAACAUUUCAAGAGUUACGGGUUCGUCUCCUUCAGGGAUAUGCCUGGAGAAACUUGGAAACGGGUCUUAUCUUAACAUGGUGCCUCACCCCGAUGGUUCCAACCGUGUUUUCUUGUCUGACCAACCCGGAAAGAUUUACUUGGCUACCAUUCCAGCUGAAGGAUCUGGAGAACUCUUGGCAAUAGAUGAAGCUAACCCUUUUCUUGAUCUAACUGGAGAAGUGCACUUUGAUGCGGAACUUGGUCUGUUAGGUAUAGCGUUUCACCCCAAUUACUCGAACAAUGGCAGAUUCUUUGUUUCUUUCAACUGCGACAAAGUUAUGUGGCCAAGAUGCUCUGGAAAAUGCUCUUGCAACUCUGAUAUGGGCUGUGACCCUUCAAAGCUACCUUCUGAUAACGGCGCAAACCCUUGUCAAUACCACAGUGUCAUAUCUGAAUUCGUUGCCAAUGGGAAGAAUGUUAAACCGGUGGAGGUAAGAAGAAUAUUUACCAUGGGUCUUCCCUUUACCUCGCAUCAUGGUGGACAGAUCUUGUUUGGACCGAAAGAUGGGUACUUGUACUUCAUGAUGGGUGAUGGAGGAAACAGAGGAGAUCCUUACAACUUUUCUCAGAACAAGAAAUCACUACUUGGGAAGAUCAUGAGACUCGAUGUAGAUACCUUUCCAGAUGCAAAAACGAUCAGUGAGUUUCAGCUGUGGGGAAACUACUCCAUACCAAAAGACAAUCCUUUUUCUGAGGAUAAGGAACUGCUGCCUGAAAUCUGGGCUAUGGGACUCAGAAAUCCAUGGCGAUGCAGUUUUGAUUCGGAGAGACCGUCUUAUUUCUUAUGUGCAGACGUCGGUGAGGACAAGUAUGAAGAAGUGAAUAUUAUCAGCAAGGGAGGAAAUUACGGUUGGCAUUACUACGAGGGACCCUUUCCGUUUAAUCCCCCAAACUCUUCUGAGAUUGGCAACUCGUCCUCUUCUCAGAUCUCAAAUCCGAUAUUCCCGGUAAUGUGGUAUAAUCAUUUGGAUGUAAACCGAGAAGAGGGAUCUGCAUCAAUAACAGGUGGCUACUUCUACCGCUCCACAAGUGAUCCAUGCUUGUACGGAAGGUACCUUUUCGCGGACUUAUUCGCAAGCGUUAUCUGGAGCGGAUCAGAAACUCCAACUGGCAGUGGAAACUUCACAAGCUCUCGUAUUCCAUUUCAUUGUGCCGCUGAUUCGCCUAUCCGCUGUUCCACCGGACCUGAACCCUCUUCUGCGUCACCUGCAUUAGGGUUUGUCUUCUCUUUCGGGCAAGACAACAACAAAGACAUGUACGUGUUGGCAAGCACUGGUCUGUACAGAAUCGUCCGCCCCAGCCGCUGUAACUUCCAAUGCCCUCUUGAAAAUGUUACAGCCUCUCCUCCUCGGCCACGGCCUGAUCUCACUGCACCGUCUUCUUCUUCGCCGGGCUUCCACCGGCUGAACAUUGUUCCUGUGUUUGUCUUGUUCUCUUGGUCUUUCCUGGUUUUGCUGCUUUGAAGCAACGAUAUUUUCAGGUUUCAUGAUUGUGAGAUGAAAAAUUCACACAGCACACAAAGUAGAAGAUGACCAUCAUACAUCAAGACAAGAAAGGAUUAUGACUUUAUGAUCAAA